AUGGGGUCAUUCUUCAAGAAUCUGAGGGGCAAUGCGGGACCUUCAGCCCCCGCCUCCGGCGCAAGUCCGCCGAAGAAGGAUCUCCACGCGCCGCCAAUGACCCCUCUUGAGAAGAUGCUACAGGAUUCAGGUCCAGUUCGAAAGGAUGGGAGUGACAAGUUCUUUGGGAUGGAGAAUGUAAGUUGGCUUGCAAAGUUUAUCGUCUCCAACGGGCAUAAUGCUGAUCGCUGGUCAUCUCUAGUAUGGCAAUACAUGUGCCUCUACUACUCCGUCCCUUUCCGAGAGUCAGUGAUCAAUUAUCCAAAACGCACGCCGAUCGAAACCCUCGAAGCGGCACUGGCAAAGAAUCUCAAGUAUCAGAACCCGGAUUCUCAUCCUGAAUCAGAGACUGCUACAGCAAAGCAGAAAGCGAGCGCGGGCCAGUCAUCUGCGCGGGGUGCAGGUGUCCCUCCCAAUCAACCCCAGAAACCUGAGGACAAGGACUCUCCGGAAUAUAAGAAGAAGAUGGCAAUGCAAACCCUCCCCCUUCUCGAAACAAAGGACAACUCGGCUAGCUACGGGAUGCAGGAGUCGCUAUUCACGUCUCUCAAAGAUAUCUUUGAGUCCGUGGUGGCAAGCCAGUCGAAGAUGGGCAUCAUUCGACCACACCAUUUCCUGGAGAUCCUGAAACGUGAAUACGAAUUGUUUCGGACGCCAAUGCACCAGGAUGCUCACGAGUUUCUGAAUAUCCUCCUCAACGAGGUUGUGUCGAAUGUAGAGGCGGAAGCCGCGAGACAGGUGGAAGCGGACAGAGACCUGCAUACAGCCGACAAUGGUGACUCCGAACAGACGUCCACAACCGCUGCCGCUUCGAGCGGCUCGAAAUCACCGAAUACAACGCGAUGGGUCCACGAGCUGUUUGAAGGCACAUUGACAUCCGAAACCCAGUGUCUGACUUGCGAAAAGGUCUCUCAGCGGGACGAAGUCUUUCUUGACCUCUCAGUGGACCUUGAACAGCAUUCAUCUGUCACGUCAUGUCUGCGAAAGUUCUCUGCGGAAGAAAUGCUCUGUGAGAGGAACAAAUUUCACUGUGAUAACUGCGGCGGACUGCAAGAAGCCGAGAAGCGGAUGAAGAUCAAGCGUCUACCCAGAAUCUUGGCACUUCAUUUGAAGCGUUUCAAGUACACGGAAGAUCUACAGAGACUGCAGAAACUGUUCCAUCGUGUCGUCUACCCCUAUCAUCUACGCCUCUUCAAUACCACCGAUGACGCUGAAGACCCCGAUCGCCUCUACGAGUUAUAUGCUGUGGUAGUCCACAUUGGAGGAGGGCCGUAUCAUGGGCACUAUGUGGCGAUCAUCAAGACCGAGGAUCGAGGCUGGCUGCUCUUCGAUGAUGAGAUGGUGGAGCCCGUGGACAAGAACUAUGUCCGAAACUUCUUUGGGGAUCGACCUGGUCUAGCGUGUGCUUACGUACUCUUCUAUCAGGAGACGACGCUCGAGGCUGUGCAGAGAGAGCAGGAACAAGAGGGGCUGAGCCCAACGCAGGGUCCUACGGAUCUGAAGGAUAUGAAUGGUUCAUCUACCUUGAACCACAUUCAUACCUAUCAAGGGCCCACAGAUGAUGAAGCUCAUCGCUUCUCUCCCCUGAAACAUACUCCUACAGCACCACAGAUGUCGACUCAUCCUGAACAUGCCUUCUCCACAAGCCCCCCAACGGUUCCUCCUAUACCGUCCAACCCACCAACAGCUCUCAAUCCUAAGAAGAGUGAUGUCCAAUCCAGAAAGGAGAGAGCGAAAGAAGAAAAGGAGCGCAAAGCUGCUGAGAAGGAGAAGGAGAAAGCGGAGAAACAACGGAGGAAGGAACGGGAGACUAAGCGGAGGGAAGAUAUGAAACGUGAAGAAGCGGAACUGAAAGCUGCUAUCGAGGCCAGCAAAGCCUCUAAAAUCGAAGAGGACCGCCGAGCUCAUGAUGAAGCUGAUAAGGCUCGUGAGAAUGGUGGUUCUCACAGGACAUUGACUGGCAGUUUGAAUCGGUUCCGGCGCGGCAGCAAGAGCUUUAGCCAGAAGCUUGUGAUAAGAGAGAAGGAUAAACGAGUGCCGUCUUCUGAGGUACCCCGUACCCCUGCCAUUGGGUCUCACGACUUUAAAUUGUCGAAAACACCACCACUCCCUGAAGAAGUGCCGCCCACAGAUACAUCUGCAGACCCUUCGCAAAACAAUCAUCAAGACGAGCCCGCUAAAACAAGGCACGACAAGGCUGGAGGACAUGGAAGAUGGAGGGGCUUUGGUCUGAGGAAGAAGUCCUUCAGCGUGAUGUCAUAG